AUGGCAGUGUCACAAAGAGACGAGAAAGAAGCGCCCACUGACGAGACUGUCGAAUCUAUAGAGACCAGCGACACAGAGACCGUUACAAGUGCACAGGAUAUUUUACCGGACACUGUCAACGCAAAGUAUACCGAAGAUGAUUACGCCCGGGUUCUCAAAAAGAUUGAUCGUCUUCUGCUACCUCUCAUGUGGUUAUGCAACGGCACGCAACAGGCAGAUAAGGCGGCCAUAUCUACGCAAGUGACAUUUGGUAUGCAAAGCGACACCAAGUUGGUUGGUCAGCAAUUCUCGUGGCUGAUGACGGCGUUCUAUCUUGCCUAUCUUGUUGGCGAAGCUCCGGGCAACUAUCUCAUGCAGCGAUUUAAUGUGAACAAGACAUUAUUUAUAUGUAUGUUUUGCUGGGGAGUCGUCGUCCUUUGCACAGCCUUCGUACAAGACUUUGCCCAACUUGUGGCAUUGCGUUCCCUGCAGGGCUUACUGGAAUGCACAAUCUCCCCUUCUUUCCUUCUCAUCACGGCGUCUUUCUACGUCAGUCGGGAACAUACCAUGCGAUCAAUCGUUUGGGGCACAGCAGCCAGCGGCAUGGGCAUAAUUGCGCAGCUGGUCAUGUACGGAAUUGGCAGUGCUGCCCAAAAACACCAAAGCAGUUUUGGCCCGUGGCGAUGGAUUAGUAUUUUCUUAGGAUCAUGGACGAUAUUGCUAUCCUUUUUUGCAUUGCUGUUUGUGGGAACAGCCAACGAAGUUAGAUGGUUAUCCAAGGAAGAGAAACACAUUGUGGCGACAAGAGUCGCCAAUAAUCAGACCGGUUCUGAUAGUCACCAGAAUCAUGCAUGGCGUUGGGAUCAAGUUCAAGAUGCUAUUGAAGACCCGCAGACCUAUUUCUUCUUCUUUACCGUCAUUUCCGUGGCCAUACCGGUUGGUGGAACAGUAACAUUUGGUAACCUCAUCUAUGGCUCGUUUGGCUUUACUAAUUUGGAAGCAAUAGUCAAGGGGACCAUUCCAUUCGACCUUUUGACAGUUUCAUGGUACCUUUUUGUUGGAGUUUCGACACUCAAGAAGCCUCAGUCUCGAUUCUUUUUUAUGAUAGCCUCAACUAUCCCGCCCUUUGCCGGAAUGUUGGCCUUGGCACUGCUGCCCAAGGAAGGCAUGCUAUGGACUCGAUGGGGUCUCUACCUCAUGACGGCAACUGGUCGACUACCUGGAUUGUUGAUCUGGACACUGCUGCCGUCCAAUAUUGCUGGACGAACCAAGAAAUCCGUCACUAGCGCCGUCAUCUUCAUUGCCUACUGCACUGGAAAUGCGAUUGGGGCUCAAGUUUUUCGUGCCGAAUGGGCACCAAGAUACAUCCCGGCGAUUAUUAUAUGCGGAGUCAUGUACGCAGUGGCGUGUGUUUUAUUUAUUACAUGGCGAUUAUACUAUGUCACGCAGAACAAACGGCGGGCGAAGAGAGUUGCAGAGAUGGGAAUGACGCCAGAACAAUCUGAAUACCAAGGCAAAAUUAACGGAGAGUCUGGCAUGACAGAUUGGCAGAACAUUCACUUUAGAUAUAAUUUGUAA